AUGGACAGGACAUCAAUGACCGACGCAGGCGGCGCCGUAGAAGAUGAUGCUGGCCGUACCGGCGAGGAGAGCGAGUUCGGCUCCGCGGUUGGAAACGGAGACGAUGAUCCGGCCGCCGGAUAUCAACCCCUUUGGGUCAGGCUGGCCUGCAUCGGCCUCGACUUCCUCACCCAGACGUACGAUCAAAUAAGGAUUGUGCCUGAGAUCGCUCUCUUUGAGCAAUAUGUCUGCAGAGCCUACUACGCCGGUGAUGGCGAACACUCUUUUCCGGAUGGGCGGAUCCCACAUGUGAUGUGCAAGAACCCGGAUGUCCAAUAUCAACUGGCACGCCUCCGGAGUUACAAGGCUCUGUUUGACGGCAUCGCAAUCCUUGUUACCGCUAUUCCCAUGGGUGUCCUAGCUGACAGGGUUGGGCGAAAGAAGGUUAUCGCUUCGAGCGUACUGGGACCCAUACUCCAAAUGUGCUGGAUCCUCCUUGUCUGCAUGGGAGGCCUUCAGGAACGAGGCAUGAGUAUGAUCUGGGCGGGUUCGGCCUUCCUCCUCAUGGGCAACCUAUCAUCCGCGAACGCGACGAUAUACGCCAUGGCGGCGGACUCGUGCCCUCCUGCGCAGAGGAGCCGCUACUUCUACUACCUAUACUCUACUUUCCUCGUCUGCGAGCUGUUUGCUCCGGCCCUUGCCUCGGUCACCAUCGAGAGAAAUCUCCUUAUUCCUUUCGUCGUCGGUUUGGCUUCUCUCCUCACGUGUUUUCCCAUCCUGCACGUAGUGCCAGAGACACAUAAGGUGGGUGCGUCGCUGGGCGCAGGCAGUCGGCGCUCGUCGAGGUCGUCAGCCAAGGACCAAAGUGAGGCCCGCGAAACGGACCCGCUCGUGUCCUCCCUGGCGGACCCAACAACAGAGACCGAGAUACGGCCCCGGAGAAAUCUGUUGUCGGUAGUGCGAAAUAGGAACAUACUGCUCGCCCUCUUCGUGCUGUUCAUCGGCGCCCUGCGGCAGGGAACAGUGUCGGUCUUGCUCCAGUAUGCCGCGGUACGGUUCGGGUGGCCAACGUCACGGACCGCGAUGCUGGUUUCGGUCAUUGCUGCGAGCAAUAUCGUCCUAUUCCUCGUCAUACUCCCGCAGACUGUUGCAUUCCUCACAUCCAGAUGGCACAUCAGGUCACAGCUCAUCGACUAUAAUGUUGUCUCCGUGAGUCUCGUAAUUCUGACAGUGGGAGCAACGCUCAUGGGUCUGGCAUCUUCGAUGCACUGGCUUAUCUGCGAGGGCAUUGGUAGAAUGUGCGGAGAUCCAAUGCUCCUCAGGAUCUUCGCCAAAUCCAUGCGUAUGGAAGGCAUCCUACAGGGCUUGCCAUUCUAUGUUGCCGCUAUUGGCUUCGGCCUGGCUGCUGUAGCAUGGCGUUUCGUUAGGCUAGGAGUACUAGCAUAA